AUCUAGCCAGGAAAGGACGCAGGUCCGGGCGUUGGGUUUUCUCGCUGGUCCCGUUUGAACGUGUCGGACCCCCCCCACCCCUCCCUCCCAGUCCCACCCACCGCUCUGCAACACAAACACACCAGCCAGUCGUCGCCCAGGCUGCUGGAUCCGCCGUCGUGAAUCAUAGCCUUUCCCCGCUCUGCUUUUCAUUUCCGGAAAUAGAGAGACGCGGAGUUUCUUCUUUCCCCCCGCAUGGAUUGACUUGUGGCGGUUUCUGGACCCGCUUCGUUUUCCUCCCCCGAGGCUGCAGACGUCACGCGCGACCGCGGUUCGCCCGAAAACGCGCUUUAGCGUGUGAACAAAGAGCCGCCACCGACCCGUUCCCCGCACCCGGCCUGUCAAUCAUCGCGCUCCACUGCGGUUGUCAAGUUGGAGCCGCGCUGGGAAAUGGACAAACCCCUCUGAAGUGAAGACGCUGCAGCGACCACAGCACGAGCGCCGCGCGAGGACCCCGACUCAAGAACGGCAAACCUGCGAAUCACUCGAAUGAAAAGCAUUUGACCCAGGCUGACUCUGACUUAAGAGCAACAACAUGGCAGACUUUGAAAUGACUCUGGCUGACCUUCGCAGCCUGAUGGAGAUGAGAAAUGGUGAGGCAGUGAAUAAGAUACGUCACACAUACGGAGACGUACAUGCGAUCUGUCAACGCCUGAAGACCUCACCUGUUGAAGGACUGUCUGGUAACCCUGACGAUCUUCAGAAGCGUCGUACGGUGUUUGGACAGAACUUCAUUCCUCCCAAAAAGCCCAAAACAUUUCUGCAGCUUGUGUGGGAGGCUCUGCAGGACGUCACGCUUAUUAUCCUUGAAAUAGCUGCCAUCAUCUCUCUGGGCCUCUCCUUCUACCAUCCACCUGGGGGUGACAGCGAAGCAUGUGGCCAGGCUUCAGGUGGCGUCGAGGACGAGGGCGAGUCCCAGGCUGGCUGGAUUGAGGGCGCCGCCAUUUUAUUUUCAGUUAUCAUUGUGGUGCUGGUGACGGCCUUCAAUGACUGGUCCAAGGAGAAGCAGUUCCGUGGGCUGCAGAGCCGCAUUGAGCAGGAACAGAAGUUCACAGUCAUCCGAAAAGGCCAGGUCAUCCAGAUCCCUGUGGCCGAGAUCGUGGUGGGAGACAUUGCUCAGAUCAAAUACGGAGACCUGCUGCCUGCUGAUGGCAUCCUGAUUCAAGGCAAUGACCUAAAGAUUGAUGAGAGCUCCUUGACUGGAGAAUCCGACCAGGUCCGCAAGUCUCAGGAUAAGGACCCCAUGCUGCUGUCUGGAACCCAUGUGAUGGAAGGGUCAGGCAGGAUGUUGGUCUCUGCUGUUGGCCUCAACUCCCAAACUGGCAUCAUCUUCUCUUUGCUGGGGGCCGGUGAGAACGAUGAAGAGAAGAAGGUCAAGAAAAGUAAAAAACAAGGACCCCCCGAAAAUCGCAACAAAGCCAAGACCCAGGAUGGCAUUGCCCUGGAGAUCCAGCCACUGAAGAGCGAGGAGGCCGCCGAGUCAGAGGAGAAGGAGGAGAAAGAGGAGGCCAAGCCGGUUAAGAAGGUCAAUGUGACUAAGAAGGAGAAGUCAGUGCUGCAGGGCAAGCUGACCAGACUAGCUGUGCAGAUUGGGAAGGCUGGUCUAAUCAUGUCAGCCGUGACGGUCAUCAUCCUCAUUCUCUACUUUGUGAUCGACACCUUUGCGGUGCAGGGUCGCCCCUGGUUGGCUGAGUGCACCCCCAUCUACAUCCAGUAUUUUGUCAAGUUCUUUAUCAUCGGUGUGACAGUUCUGGUAGUUGCUGUUCCCGAGGGGCUGCCGCUUGCCGUCACCAUCUCUCUGGCCUACUCUGUCAAAAAAAUGAUGAAGGACAACAACCUGGUGCGUCACCUGGAUGCCUGUGAGACCAUGGGCAAUGCCACUGCCAUCUGCUCAGACAAGACGGGCACGCUGACCUUGAACCGAAUGACAGUGGUACAAGCGUACAUUGGCGACAAACACUACAAGACUGUGCCCUCACCAGAUGCCAUCAAAGCAGAAACUCUGGAAACGUUGGUCAAUAGCAUCUCCAUCAACUCAGCAUACACCACCAAGAUCCUGCCUCCAGAGAAAGAAGGCGGUCUGCCCCGCCAUGUGGGCAACAAGACCGAGUGCGCUUUGCUCGGCUUAGUGCUGGAGCUGAAGAGGGACUAUCAGCCAGUAAGGGACGAGGUGCCCGAAGAAAAACUCUACAAGGUUUACACCUUUAACUCCUCUCGCAAGUCUAUGAGCACAGUCCUGAAGAAUGCCGAUGGAGGCUUCCGCAUGUACAGCAAAGGAGCCUCAGAGAUAAUCCUAAGGAAAUGCUCCCGUAUCUUGGACGCCCAGGGCCAGCCCCGCACCUUCAAGCCCAAGGAUCGUGAUGAGAUGGUGCGUAAGGUGAUUGAGCCCAUGGCGUGUGACGGGCUGAGGACCAUCUGCGUGGCCUACAGGGAAUUUCCUGUUGAAGCUGGGGAGCCUGACUGGGACAAUGAGAACGAAAUCCUCAAUGAACUCACCUGCAUUGCUGUGGUCGGCAUCGAAGACCCCGUCAGGCCUGAGGUGCCCGAGGCUAUCGCUAAGUGCCGGCGUGCAGGUAUCACUGUACGUAUGGUUACUGGAGACAACAUCAACACUGCCCGUGCCAUCGCAGCCAAGUGUGGCAUCCUCAUGCCUGAGGAGGAGUUCCUGUGUCUGGAGGGAAAAGAAUUCAACCAGCAGAUCAGAAACGACAAGGGAGAGGUGGAACAAGAGCGUCUGGACAAGAUUUGGCCCAAACUGCGGGUAUUGGCUCGUUCCUCACCGACAGACAAACACACUCUGGUUAAAGGCAUUAUUGACAGCACUGUGGGAGAAACCAGGCAGGUGGUGGCAGUGACGGGAGACGGCACCAACGACGGUCCUGCCCUCAAGAAGGCUGACGUUGGCUUUGCGAUGGGAAUUGCUGGCACAGACGUGGCAAAGGAGGCCUCUGACAUCAUCCUCACUGAUGACAACUUCACCAGCAUCGUUAAGGCCGUCAUGUGGGGGAGGAACGUCUACGACAGCAUCUCAAAGUUCCUGCAGUUCCAGCUAACCGUCAACGUGGUGGCAGUGAUCGUGGCGUUCACCGGCGCUUGCAUCACACAGGAUUCCCCUUUGAAGGCUGUCCAGAUGCUGUGGGUGAACCUCAUAAUGGACACUCUGGCCUCUCUUGCUCUGGCCACUGAGCCGCCUACUGAGUCUCUGCUUUUACGUAAACCUUACGGUCGCGACAAGCCGCUCAUCUCCAGGACAAUGAUGAAGAACAUCCUGGGCCACGCUGUGUACCAGCUUGUCAUCAUCUUCACUCUGCUUUUUGCUGGUGAAAAGUUUUUCGACAUCGAUAGUGGCCGCAACACUCCCCUGCACGCACCUCCAUCAGAGCACUACACCAUCGUGUUCAACGUGUUUGUCAUGAUGCAGCUUUUUAAUGAAGUCAAUGCCAGAAAGAUCCACGGAGAGAGGAACGUGUUCGAGGGCAUCUAUAGGAACCUCAUCUUCUGCAGUGUUGUACUCGGGACCUUUGUCCUGCAGAUCAUCAUUGUUCAGUUUGGAGGGAAGCCCUUCUCCUGUACAGCUCUGAGCAUCGACCAGUGGCUGUGGUGUGUGUUCAUCGGUGUGGGAGAGCUGCUGUGGGGACAGUUGGUCACAACCAUUCCCACCCACCACCUGAAAUUCCUGAAGGAGGCAGGACACGGCAUCACAAAGGAGGAGAUUCACGAGGAGGAGCUGGCAGAGGGUGCGGACGAGAUCGACCAUGCUGAGAUGGAGCUGAGGAGAGGCCAGAUCCUCUGGUUUAGAGGAUUGAACCGCAUUCAGACACAGAUGGAUGUGGUCUAUACCUUCCAGACAGGCCAGGCGGCGGUGCCUGGUGCCCUGCGCCGCCAGCCGUCCGUUGUCAGCCAGCACAAUGACAUUAAGGUGGUGAACGCGUUCCGUAGCUCCCUGUUCGUGGGGCUGGAGAGCCCAGAGUCCCGUAGCUCCAUCCAUAGCUUCAUGUCCCAUCCUGAGUUUGUCCCUCUGUCUGAGGAGGAGGCUAACAACCCUCCGCUCAAGGAAAUCGGAGUCAAGCCUGAGAUCUUCCACGACGCCUCCUCUGAGUCCCCCAGCACCGCCCCCUCGGUCAAGCCAUCCAUCUGAGCUCCUCCUCCCUCCUCUUUAUUGAAAUCCCAUGUCCUCCUUACCAACUGAACUGUCACACUGAGGAGCGAGGUCAUCACUCUGCUCAUCCCUUCAUUCUGCACACACACAUGCUUCGCAGCGUCUCCACCCCUUCAGUCAUUCCUGCCACGUUCUGUUUCUCAUGCUGACUGUGGCAUUGCUCUGCCUGUAAGUUUGCCCCUCCACCACCACCACCACCACCACCACCACACACGAAUUAAUCAGGGUGGAGCCCGAGUCUCCGCUGUGGAAGGCCUGUCCUCGUCUAUCCAUGUAUAUUUUUUACUUGAUGAUCCUUUUAAAAAGCUUUUAACCUGUGUUGGGUUAAAUCCUUGCAGAACUCACAGCAGCAUGUCGUGUUCUGUACUCGCUUCAUUCCUGUGUAACGCUCUCUCAAACGGCACAGAACUUUUCAAAGAGUGCAGUGAUUCUCAUGUACAUAUGUUGCCGCUCUUCUACACAGCUAACAGCUGGAUUUGGUGUUCAACGGUUUUUUAGGUAAAAUGCAAAGGUUUUACCGGUUUUUCUUUUUUUUUUUUUGUUUUCUAGAUGUUCAGCCUUUGUUUGUUCUUAAAAUCUCAAAAGAAUGUUAAAUGGUUGAUUCAGACUCCUGAGAAUGUCUUGUGAGUGUGACACUACAGUCUUCAACGUUCAGCUGUUAAAAGGUAGUUUUUCCCUUUACCGUGUCUGUAUGUGUGGGUUUUUUUAGCUGCUUCGUUGCAUGUUGAAGGACAGAAUGUUUACUACCCACAGUUAUCGACCACGCCGGCAUAUACUCACUUAGGGCUCGCUUUGUGCUCAGUAGGGGUCUGACCUCAUCUCAUCCUUCUGGUUCUCUGCGCCCCUUCCCUCGCUCGGCCACUGUGUGUGGUUCAACCCCCUCCUCCCCCACUAAAAUCCAUGCUACGUAGUGUUGAAUUGCAUGAUAACUUAGGAAUGAUUAUAAGCGACUCCCCUAGAGGCCCCUGUGUGUUUCGUCUGCAGCAGCAUCUGUUCAGAAAACCGUGAGCUUCCUGUCUGUGGAACACGUUCUCCCACAACAGACUCAUCCAUACUGGGCUAAAGGAGGAAGCUGCAGCAGGGCAGUUAACGCCCUGUUACACUUGCUGGUAACAUAGUGGGUGUCUGGCGUGUACAGUCGAUGUGCUUCUAGGUUUCGUGGAUCGUAUUUCACCCAAACGUACCUGCUUUUGUUUGGCCACGAGCAGCAGGGAUUUAGGCUCAGACGCUGUAGCUCAGUGUCUUUAGCAAAGGUUGCAGCUCAGUUGGGAUCAGACACCUCUCUGGAACUUCUGUCACUGUGUAGUUGUGCACUGCAAGUCUGCACCAACACAUUACUACAGCUACAUUCUUUCUCAGCCAUGACCAUCACACUGUGAGGCGACUCCUGCUAACCUCUGCUCCAAAACCUAAACUGCAUAAUUUGUCUAUUUGGUCCAUUAUUGAGCUUCAGAGGUUCGUUGGCACAAGACUGAACACGAGACCGUACCUUAACAGUUUCCCUCGACAAGCCUCGCACCUUGUCCUGGAGGAUCCUGAAGUGUUUCAUGCCUGAGUUGAUGUAUAGUCCCUGCAUUGUGUCUAGAAUAUAAACUCUCCGUGAGGGAUUCGUGAGGUGCCUUGAUCAUCCACGUAAUUAUAGAAACACAGUUUUACAGUGAAUAAAGGUGUUAAAUCAAAGUUGGCUUUGUAUUCUGUCUGACUUUUAACCAAUCUGACUGAACUGAACUGAUGUUAACAGGAAGCUUGGCUCGUUUUUAUCUCUGAAUUUUACUACUUUAGCUUGAACAAGUCAUUUUAAACAUCUAUUACUAGCUUUAUGUUGGAUCUGAAUGUACAGGAGCGGUGACUGCAGUAUACAGAAGUCUGUUUUGGGUCGGAGUGCAGGAAGUUAUUGGAUUUCUGAACAGAGUCUGGACCAGACAGUCUGUCUGCGUAAGACAAAUCUUAGAACCACUUCUGAUGUCCCCUUGUUUGUCACGUCCUAUAAACAAGAACAGCGUGUGACAUGGCUCAGCCAGCAGCAGAGUAGGUGUUCCACCGUCACCGUCAUCACUCGCCUGCGCGGCUGUGUUUGAUUGACAGGCGCCGGCGCGCCGGCCGUGCUGACGUACGUCUGUGGCGGACUGAGCCUGUAGAGGUGUCCUCACUGUGUCCCUGCUGCUGCUCAGCACUUCCUGCUGCCGCUGUCUACAGAUAACCGUCUUAGAAGAAGGAGUCAUCUCUCAAUCAGAUGAAGCAGAAGCAGCGUGUGUCUAAUCCCUUCUUAGUGCGACCAGCAGCCUCCAACCUAUGAGCUAGGACGCUAUAUUGAAGUAAUGCGCUACUACUGCCAUAUUCCCAACCUUUGGUCACGACUAGUUUCUUCCUCUCCCCUCUGAUGAGCUUUUUCUAUGUAACUCAGAGCCAUAUUUUAUAGGUUGUCUGUAUUGUUUUUUAACUCAUUGUUAUUGAGGUUUCCUUUGGACUUCCUCACCUAUGACUCCCAGACCCCCACCCCCCGGCCCUCGACUCCCAACGCGACCAAAAAGCAAAGAGGAAAAUCUUCAGACGUCACUGCCGAACCAAGUUUAAAGGACCUCUACAAUGUUUACAUGAAAAGCGAGUGGGUGGCAGUUUGCCUGCGCUUCUCUCAUCCGACCACUUCCCUGUCACUCCCUUGCUUUCCUGAAUCUUAGAGUUACUAUUUAACUAAAUAGGGAAUCUUUCUUGCAUGGUUUUCAUAUAAAAUUCAAUGUUUUGCUCAUUUUUUACAAUUCUUCUGUAUUUUUAUAUUAAGUACUUUUUAAUAUUUUGGAGAUAUAUGAAUAUAUAUGUAUAGGCUGAAGAGUUUGGUGACAGUACAGUAUAUGAAUGAGAUGAAUCUACCGUGGACUGUCUUUUUACAGCUCUCUAAAUAUUUAUGCCACGUGUGUCGUCACCUAAUGCGAGGGCUCAGAAACAUGCAGUGACUUGUUUACUUCCUGUUGGCCGAUCAAUUGGAGUCUCAACAAGUAGUCUCAUCAGCCCCUUGACAUCAGUAUAUUCACUUUAUCUAAGCUGUUGUGACACUACACGCUAUGUGAUUUCUUUUGUUUUUAUUUUUUUAUUCCAGCUCCAUUAGAGUUCAGCAAAUGCUACAUGGUUACAGCUAACUGUGUCAAACAUUAAAUGGGAGUAUAGAGUUAUUUAUCCAACCUCUGGAUUUCUUUGUUUCUGUACUUGGAACUUGCUACGACUGAUUUCUUGGAGUGAGUGGGUUGAUGCUGUUUCCAACUGGCUGGUGUCCGAGCUGAUGCCUCAGAGCUGUGUCCCGCCUCAGGCCGCGCCUCCUCCACGUCUGUCCGUAAUCGCGCUGCGUCGCCUCAGACCAAAAACCCACAAAGCAACAGGCGACCAAAGUUGAGUCAAGGCCGACACUGAAAGCUUUGUUUGUCCUGUGAUUGGUAGAAGCUGAUUGGACUUCAUCAGCGGGAGCUUUUCAACCAAAGCUCAAAAAUUAUGUCACCAUUUCUGCAUUGUUAGGACUUUUUCGCCCCAAAAAUACUUUUUACAGAAGUCAGAGUUAAUCUUCAGUUUUAUUUAGUCUUCACACACACUACAGGGGAGGGGGCCUUCUAGCCGUGACUAGGGCCCCAGAUACGCUGUGUCAGGCCCUGAACAGAAGGUUGUCACUUGAACCCAGGCCAAAGUGAGACGUGCUCCGUACCUCAUCUUAAUGCGGCGGCAGAGCCUGCGUCGGGACACAGACGCAGCAGUAGAUGUCAUCCACCUUUUAUUUCAAACACAUUUCCCACUAACAGAGCAGGACUGUUGAGGCCACUCACUUCCUGCCGCGUGUCCAUUGGCUGUCGGUGAGACACGCCCUCCUAACGAUGAUGCGUUUCCUGUUUGUUGUGUUCACCUGCUGAAUGUGACAGAACAGCUGUGCUCUUACAGUCAGUACAAUGUAAAUAUUGUGAAAUACGUGAAUGAAGUGUAUCCGCUGUCUGUGCCGGUGACAGGAAGUGGGAGAGGGGGCAAUCAGCCAGUUAUCACCCAGCAAAGCUUUAAGACCGUUCUGCCAAAGCUGAUCUCCUUUUGCUUUUCUUCUUCCUCCUUCACGAGUCACGUAACCCCUGGAUCCGAUUGCCCCCCUGCUCAUCUGUUGGACUGGUUGCCUUCACAUCUCAUGCCAGGUGCACAGUCAGACCUGAGCAGCACUCCUGCUCACAGACGUGACACGAGCCGAGUCUGGACAAGGUUCCACAGCCUGUUUUUAGUUACCUGAAGCUUCACUUUUGGAGAAUUUAAAGAUCCAUUUCGCGAGCGUUUCUCAUUCAGACUUCCGUGUGGAGAAGGAACUGGCUUCAGGUCAUCGUUGCAUUUUGACUGUGUUGCUUCCUCUUCAGAGCACUGCCUUUCUCAGAACAGCUUCCUGUCAUGGGAUCCUAGAACAUCUUUGGAGAACCUGGACACACUUCAACGUUCACAAAGAAAAAAUGGUCUAAACGUACUGGAAAUAUCAGUUGGAAAAGUCAUAACUACUUAACAUAUAUAUCUAUAUAUUUAUAGAUGUGUCUAUGUAUUUAUAUCUAGUAUGUAUGUAGAUACAUGAUAGAUAUAAGUACAUAGAUAUAUAUAUAUAUACAGUUUCUCAGUUGAACAUCUUUGCAAAAAAGACUGAAAAAGAUUUGUUUUCUGUAAUUACUAUGAUACACAGUAAUAGGCGUUGGUGUUAUUUUUGUAUAAACAUAAUAUCAUCUAUGUGGCAUGCAUGACAUAUAUACAAAAUUUGGUGGUUUAAAGCAAUAUGUCCAACCUGGUGCGAUUGGUUCUGUCGUGUUCUGUGUAGCCUAAAGCCACUCUGUACGAAAAGAGAAAAAACGGAAAAAAAGAGGAACUGCAUUUGGGUAAACUAGGCGUUCAGUAUCCGUGUUCUAUGUUCCGUGUUCUGCAUGUUUUCGUAUGGAAUGAAACAUCCCCAGUGUUGACUCGUUUUCCAGAUUAGUCUCACGUGAAGCAUGACACAGACUCAUGUAGUUGCACUGUGAGGUGAAACACACUGAGGAAGUAAAGUUGUGUGACUUCUAAUGGAUGGUGAUGGAUGGAGGUUGUGUGUUUUUGUUUUUUCAUGUCCUGCCAUUGUCUCAUUUACCCACCAGUAAAGUUACUAGCAGCUACGUCUCCACUGUUUCAUCCUCAUGUCCCACAAACACAAAGCCACUCAGCGUUUCCUGAACCCAUCGCCGUCUGUGCAGUGAGAGGAGGAGGGAGACUGAUGUUCAGCAUGUGCUUCAGGCCGUCAUUAUCAGCCAGCUUCCCUCUGCUGGCGGCUCCGAAGGGACUGGGAACAAUGGAGUCACUCACCUGUGAAACGUCUGUUUACGUUGGAGCCUGGCUGAAACGCCCGUCCCAUAGACAAGUGUGCUUUAACCUAUCACUGUUUGUAGCAGCAAUAACUUUUUGAUCAAUGUAUAAAAAAAAUCAACCUCAACGAAAUCUUUAGUGAUGGUAAAGUGUUGUAUUCAACCUCGUCACAGCUUUAUUUGUUUAGUGGGAACUUUAUAGAACACACUAGAAAAUCUUAGUGAACAAACCGACCCAGCGGUUUAUUUAAAUCAGGUUUAUUAAGAAAACGCCCAACGUUAGGAUCAGCCGGGCUCUAAUUCAUGUGAGCUGUGUUGUGUUGUUGUGUUGACAUGCGUUGUGUUCAGACAAACAUUUAGAACUAAGAAAAUUAAAGCAGUUUACUGUGGACGCACACAUCCAGACAAACCCCGACGUCGUGUUUUAACGCUUUAGUGAUACAAAACUGUGGCAUAUUAAUCACAACAUGUAAACAGGAGUAUUUGCAUUAACACUUAUGGACGCUGAUAUUUAGUUUUAAUCAUGAAUGAGUGCAGUAAAUGUUCAACAGACACUGAACAUUCAGUAAACGGUCGUUAUUAAGUCGGACGCAAACAUGUGUUUUCCUUUGUGGGUGACGUUUUAUACAAAAUCUUCAACUGUUUAAUAUGAUUUGAAUGAAUAAUCAAACGCUCCUCCUGCCCUCAGCUACACUGUGUUUAGGCUUCAUCUGAUCACUCAUACUUUACUGAUGACUCGGCCGCGUGUUGCUGAGGCGCUGAUCUGACCACAGAUCAGUCGCUGUGCAGAUGUAGAGCCUCAAACGUCCUGUGCUUCCCUGUGUGUGUGUGUGUGUGUGUGUGUGUGUGUGUGUGCGUGUGCGCUUCUGGCUCUGUGGAGGUGUGUUUCCUCAGUGUGUGGCUCACCUUCUCAUCCUGUCCGUUCCUAUCAACCAUCCUCCUCCUGUUUGCUUCGAUCUAUGCAACAGAAUCCUCCAGUUCAGCUCCAGUGGUUGAUUUGGUUUCUCACGUUUCUUUCCCUCACACUCUCACGCUGUCUGUCGCCUCGUCUGCGUCUCUACUUCGCUGAUUUACUUCUGAUUUUCAUGUUCUUUUGACAAACAGAACCACGAUACCUGUACAUUAAUGUAUGUAUGUACGUGUGUGUACUUCAGGUGCACACGCAUGUUGUUUUCUUUACUCUUUUGUAAAAUAUGAUCAUGUGGAAUGCCUUGGUCUUAGUGUCAUGUUGUUUGAACUUAAGCUGAACAAAAGAUGAUAAUCAAGCAACGGAGUAAAAGUUGUUACAUAAAUAUAUAUAUAAUAUAAAUAUAUAUAUAAGUAUAUACAAAUCUAUAUACAUAAAAUAAAGCCAUUGGAAUUUGAAGUA